AAAAUAAAAAAUCACGACUGUUACGGUUAUGUUUAGAUAUGAGGAUGGAAAACGCUCCCGUGGGUUUUAUUUUCUGCCACAGCUAGCGCUAAUUUAUGUAAUGCUCUUAUGGGUCGUAUAAGAGGGUAGCAAUAAUAUGUCUAUAUGGUCGUAUGGUUUGUGAGGAAUGUUAUUAUAUAAAGCAAUGCUAUCUUUCAUAAUCGUUUCUUAAUAGAAAGUUUAACACACUUUCCAACACAUUUACUACUGCAGUUCCAGCUUUUCUCUAAUAUGUGCAUGGAAAAUGUUUUGACUCUCUGAUAAACAAGUUGAAAUAUUGAACUCCUUGGCGAAGGGUGUGGAAGAAUCCAACUAUAAACAAAAAUGCUCGUAGCAGAUCUCUCCACUGACUCAGUGUACACACAUGAGCCCUGUUCCAGACGUGUCUUUUCUCAGGAGCAUUUUCAUGAAACGUACGCCCAUGGAGGCAAUGACACUAUCUGUGGCAACACUGUGGUCUGAAAACAGCAGUGCGUCCCUGCCAUCCGGUCCAACAGAGGAUCCGACCUCGGCAGAAUGGGAGCUCGUCCACACCAUCAUACCCCCGUACAUCUUCACCUUAUCCCUGUUAGGCCUUCUGUUUAACAGCUUUGUCCUGGGGGUGUUCUUUGCCCACAAGGAUCGCCUGACUGUAGCGGAGAUCUACCUGAGCAACCUGGCGCUGGCUGACUUUAUUCUCCUGUGUGGCCUCCCCUUCUGGGCGAUGAACAUCCUCAACAACUUCAACUGGCCGUACGGAGAUGCCUUAUGCAAACUGGUCAACUCCAUCAGCAUCAUCAAUUUCUACACCAGCAUCCAAACCCUGGUCAUGAUUAGUGUUGACCGCUACCUGGCACUUGUGAAGACCAUGAAGGCCAGGUGGCUGAGACGGACACUCUUUGCCAAGGUGAUCUGCUCCAUCCUGUGGAUAUCAGCGGUCGUACUGAGCAUGCCAACCAUUGUUCACAGAAAGGUGAAGUUUAUCAAGGAGCUCGAGACAAUGUCCUGUAUACUGGAUUAUAGCCAUGACAGCUCUUGGAAGUUGGCCCAUCAGUUUCUGAUAAAUGUUGUAGGCUUUGUACUCCCUGUUCUGGUCAUUGUUUUCAGCAGUGGGAACAUAAUCAAGGCUUUAGUCCAGAGAAGGGAGAGUGUAGCUUAUCAUGACACUAAUAACGCAAAGGCCACAGUACUGGUGUAUGCUGUCACACUACUUUUCUUACUGUGCUGGGGUCCCUUCCAGGUCUUUACCUUCCUCGACACACUCUGUGAUCUCCACGUGCUGGAUGAGAAGCUGUGGUCCCACACUCUCGAUAUAGGAGGCCAGGUUUCAGUGUAUCUGGCCUUUCUCAAUAGUGCUCUGAACCCAAUGCUGUAUGUCUUCUCAGGGCAGUACUUUAGGAGGAAGGUUAGCUCCAUCUACAGGAGGACUAGAUGUCGCAGAGAAUCAGAUAUGACCACAUAUCAACGCUCUGUUGUGUCCACUUACAUUAACAGAACGGAGCAAAUUAAGACUGUGGUAAUUUUUAAUGCAGGCUGAGAUGUGACUCUUCAUGACAUCAUCCACUUCCUUUGCUGCUUUUGGAAAAUGCAAUGCAAUAUACAGGAUAUGAGUCUCGAGGUUCUCAUUUAAUUUCAUGAGACUUAACAUAAUAUGUAUGUAAUGCUGUUAAAUGGUUUAAAACCACUAACAAAGGAUGUAUUUGCAGAUAUAAUGGGCACAGCCAUAGUUAAUGGCUGUAAUAUGUAGAAGAAAUGGAAGCAGAUUAUAUGUUUACAAUCUCCAUAAAGACAUGCAGUAUGUAUUUGAAUUUGUUUUAUUUAACUGACUCCAAAAAGCAGUUUAAAUCUGCAGGCUACCAGGAGAUAAAGGACACUUAACUUUGUAUACAUUACCUGUACAUUCAUAAUUCCCCUUGCACAGUAUGUCUUGACAUGUAAACUUAAAAUGUUUUUAGUAGUGACAUACACAAUUUGCAAGUUUCUCUUUAGUAUGAACACUUGUUACUUUAAGCUGUUUUUGUGUACGGUAUUACUGGACUAAUUUGUGUAAUAAACUCAACUGAACAACUGAAGUACUAUAAUAAUAAUGAGAAGUGAAUGCAAAGCAUGAAUGCAAGACAUGAUCUAAGACAUAAC